AUGUAAGAUAAAAUAAAUGACGAAAUAGAAGAGCUUAAAAAAGAUAUAUAAAGAUUAGGAAAAAAAAAUACCUUAGGAAAAUUUUCGGUUCCUUUCGGAUAACUUUUUGAUGAUGAAAAGGCUUAAUAAUAUUAUGAAGCUCUAGUAGGUACAUUAAAAGCAGCUAAAAAAUAAGGUGUAGUAGAUUUUUAAGGAUAAAUACUUUUAAAAGGAUAACAUGAUAAAAUUGAAAUAAUACUUAAUUAAGAAUGA